UUUGUCGGGCCCAACCCCCUCGCAACCGAUCAUUUGGUUGUGUCACGGAACCCGAAAGAGAGUGUAUAGUGCUACGUGACCAAACAACAGCUGCGAUGAAGAGUUGAUCUCAUUUCGCGUUUCAGGAUACUCCGUCAUUCCGCCAUUCCUCAAUCAUUUCAUCAUUCUAUCGAGUAGGGUCACCCUGUUAUAUUGAAUACGGGAUGAACUCCAAUGAGAUGGGAUCUUCGACUCGUUAGCUCGCUUGAGCUAUCAGGAGAUGGUAUUUUGCGCAGCACAAAAGACAAUUGAAAACGCCUGCCUUCCUUCAAUCGCACUAAUGUAUACAUUUCGAAAACGUCCCGUGUGCGGAAAUAGAAAGAAUUUCUUGGGGCUUGAGUUUCUCAAAUUUACAGUAAUUAGAUAACCAUUUUACUAACCAAUAAACCCCCUAGAAUUAUCUCAAUCAAGGCUCUUGAAAAGCUUCCCUGUUCAAGAGCCUUGGCUUGUCCGUCCUACUCCACGGAUGCGAGACUUGGAAAAUGAGUAAAGGAGAGAAAGAGAAACUUGACACCUUCCAGACCAAGUGUCUAAAGAGGAUUUUCAAGAUCCGAUGACAACAACAUGUCUCCAAUAGGACAGUUCUCGAAAUGACAGAAGCAGGAAAGAUCAGUGAGGUGGAUGAAGAGGAACGACGACUGUGCUGUAGCCCUUGGUUGGACACCAGAGGGAAGAAGGAAAAGAGGCCGACCCAAAACAACAGGGCGUCGAAUGGUGGAAAAGGAGAGAAACGGCGCAGCCAGGAAAAUAUGGAGUGUUGUACGCCGUGCAGCUGCAGACGGAACACAGUGGAGGAGAGACGUCCAAGCCUUGUGUGCCCCCUGGCACACAGAUUUAAGAGAUUUAAGAGAGAUAAGAUCCGACAUGAAAAUUUCGCAAACGCCUCGUGUGCGAAAAUAGAAAUAAUUUUUUUGGGGCUAGAAUUUCUCAAAAUAACAGUAACCAGAUCACCAUUUGACUAAACAGUAAACCCCCCAGGAUGAUCUCAGUCAGUGCCAUGGUUAUCCGCCCCGACGUGUUCAAGGAAGAUCAAAUUAUUUUGGCAGAUUUCCAUUGACCUUCGUGUUCCUGUUUUAAAACGUGACAGACAGAAGAGACUAGUAAAUGGAGUCGAACUCAAAAUCCUCCAAAGCGCAUCGCGCUCGUGAUCUUCUUCCUUCUUUUAAACCUUCUUAUCUAUCUCUCAGUUUAGUCUUUGUGUUUAUAAUUCUUCUGUUGAGGAACGAAUCUACAAACCAUCGUUUGUUGGCGUUGGAAAAACAGAUGAGGGAGUUGUCAACAAAGCAGUGUCGUGCUAAGACUGGCUCCGAUACAAAUCGCAACGAAAUGUCCGCUAGGCCGCUAUUCGAUUCUGAUCAAAUUUUUGCGAGGAAGGUCAAUAUUCCCAUUGCAACUUCAAAGGAGCACAAUCAUUCCUCAGGUGAAAGCGAGCGGGACCCAAUUACCAAGGCCACAAGAGGUCGCAGGCAAGUUUCAAAUGUCAUAUCAAUUGAUGAAGUACGCAAUGAAAUCAUCAAGCAUUUUCAACAACUCCUUCCCACUAAGUAUUGCAAGUCAACCGAAAAGAUUUCCAUUGACUUUCGUCUUCCUGUUUUAAAACGCAACGGAGACAGGAGAGGAAAGAAAAUGGAGUCGAACUUCAAGUCUUCCAAAGCGCAUCGCGCUCGUGAUCUUUUUCCUUCUUUGAAACCUUCUUGUCUGUCUCUCAGUCUAGUCUUUGUUUGUAUAAUCCUACUGUUGAAGAACGAAUCUACAAACCAUCGUUUGUUAGCGUUGGAAAAACAGAUGAAGGUUUUGUCAACAAAGCAGUGCUGUACUAAGACUGGCUCCGAUACAAAUCACGACGAAAUAUCCGUCAGGCCGCUAUUGGAGUUUGAUAAGAUUUUUGCGAGGAAGGUCAAGAUUCCUGUUGCAACUUCAAAGGAGCAUGAUUAUCCCUCAGGUGAAAGCGAGCAGGACCCGAUUACCAAGGCCACGAGAGAUCGCAGGCAAGUUUCAAAUGUCAUAUCAAUUGAUGAAGUACGCAAUGAAAUCACCAAGCACUUUGAACAACUCAUUCCCACUAAGUAUUGCAAGUCAACCGAGAAAGUCUGCCCAGCAGGCCCCCCCGGACGCCCUGGCGUCCGAGGUGUGAAAGGGACACGUGGCAGGAGGGGACCAAAAGGAAAGAGAGGACUUCAAGGUGAUAUGGGUCCACCAGGUAGGCAUGGAAAACCGGGGAUGACUGGACCUAAUGGACCAAAAGGAGUGAAAGGGGACCGGGGCGAGAAAGGCCCGACAGGCAUUCCAGGACCACCCGGUAGACCCGGAGAGUCAAUAUCCGCCCCACAAGUCAUGAUAUCACCUAAUGAACAAACUCAAGAUGAAGGAAGCAACGCAAUGUUUUACUGCACGGUUUCUGGGAACCCACGUCCCAAGGUCGAAUGGAGAUUCAGGAGCAGGAAGCUUGUAUCUGGAUUAAAACACUUGAUUCAAGAUGGCAAAUUGACAAUUAAACGUUUGAACUACAGUGAUGCUGGACUUUACUCUUGCGUUGCGACCAGUGUUCUUGGAUCACACGAAAGUUCUGGAAAUUUAACCGUUCGAGGUCUCCCUAUUUUCACUGUGGUACCUCCAUCCCUCGCCACACCAAAGCAGUUUUGUACCUUCCAACAGGCCUGUCAAGCUGAAGGGUUUCCACCUCCUGCGAUAACCUGGCGCAGAUUAGGAACAUCUCCACCUGCUGAAAAGACUGUUUCAAACAAUGCAAGCCUGACGAUCAAAAAUAUUUCCCCUGGUGACAGUGGAUCGUAUGAAUGUGUAGCCAUAAACAGUUUGGGUACAAGGAAAGCCUCCAUGAACGUGGCAGUACAGAAACAAGUGAAUAAAUUGGAUCCUGAGUGCUGGCGCAGCAGAUCCAAAAGUCCAAGUUCAGGAUGGGGCCAUUCCUCUGGCAGAGUUGACGCAAUCGAUUUCCAAACAAGUAGUGACGUCACAUUGUUGGGAUUCCGUCUGUGGGGAGUCAAUAGAGGUUCAGCCACUUUCCAGGUCACCAUCCGGUUGUAUCGUGGAAGUUCCUUGAUCGCAGAAAAGACUGGAUCCUACUACACCACAUCCUCAGUUAAGACGUUUGAAGUUCGUUUUUCUUCUGGGAUUUCUCUUCGUGCAGGUGUAUCAUACACAGCAACAUCUAAAUUAACUACAAGUGGUAGUGACACUCAUUAUCAUAAUGAUGGAAUGUCAAGCACUUCAUGUUCUGGUAUCACUGUUACGUUUGCGAAAUCCUCUAAAGAUACCAACUCAUCUGAUGUGUCCCGUGGCCAAAUACCAGCGCUGAUCUUCACUUCCAGUCACUGCUAAAAGGAAAUACCAUUAUGAUACAUUCAAUAAACAAUACUAAUUGUAUGUACUUUUAUUCGUUUGAGAUGUUUCACCCAUUGCCAGAAGAUCUCAGUUAUAUUACUUGUAAAGCAAAUACUGAUGAAUACAUUUUAUCGUUGUAUCGAUUAAAUUUCAUGCAGCUAAUCAUCAACAAUAAAGUAGACAGUUUCUGACGGUGAA